AUGCCCUACGAACAGUUUGUAUACGAAGUUAAUUGCAAGGGAGAAAAUGUUCUCGUGAAAUCAUUAAACUCCGAUACUCCGGUGACUGUCCGCUUCACGAACCAGACGUCGCGGCCGGUGAACGUGUGGUGGCGCAACUUCGAGGGGAGGCAAGUGUUCUACGGCCGGAUUGAACCGGGCGCGAGUCUCGACCAAGGCACGUUCCUGACACACCCUUGGCAGUUCACGGAUGCGUGCACCGAGCAGUACUAUGUGAUCAACAACAAGGCUGUAUUCAGGCCGCCGCCGGAGCUGGCGUGCCAGACAGCGAACUUUAACAUCACUCAGCCCUCGUGUUGUGCUCACACUUGCUUUUCCUUUUGUCAUGAUGCUCCGCAAUCUGUCUAUCCCGUCUAUCAAAAGAUGUGUUAG